AUGUGCAUAACUGAAGUCUGGACGUACCGCGAAUGCGGUUGUCACUAUAACCAUAGUCUACUCUGUCGCUCAUAUCGAAGGAACCGCUCACCAUGCUUCGCUCCGAAUAUCCAAUACUCGCUUGAAGAGUGGCAACAACAGAGGGUCUUCGACAACACCAGCACAGCAUCCCCACAGGUGACGAGGCCAGGAAGACCAACCGAACCUCAAAAUUGCCCUCACCACGCAUUCGUGCAGAGAUCGUUCCUCAACCAAAUCUGCGAGGACUGCCUCAUUCGUGAACUGGAAAUACAACCUCUGUCACUUACGGAUGAACAACCGUCUUCUGUGAAUCCUGACGGCGGCGAAGGCCUCAUCUGGGACAGCGAAGUCACGAUCGAAGUGGAAGAAAUGCAGUUUGAGAUGCUCUCCUCACCACAGGGGAAGAGAGUGGACGAUGGACGAGAUGCAGACCAUGAAGAAGACGACGACAAGCGCUUACUUGAAAGUCAUGUCGAGGUCAAUGUCGAUUUUGAUUCUUAUAGUGCCUCUGGUGAGGAAGCAACUUCGCCACUGUUCCCGUCCCCAGCAACACGGUCACCUUCAUCGUCAUCAAUCGAGGAUUUGCCUCUAUCACCCAGCUACCGGACCAAAAGAUAUGGCUUCGCUCUCCCACCAGGAGUUACUUAUGAUCUCGAGGACGCAGAUGAUGAUUCGGAUGACUAUCCUGAGAUCUACGACUGGACUUCUUCGCCUUUGUUCAGAGGGAGGUCGCUCACUCGGAAACAAUUGACAAGUUUCGAGCUUUAUGGAGUGUCUCCUAAUGGUAGCGAUGGCUCCUCCAAAGACAAAGGACUAGCAAGUCUGAGGACGCUUAGGUCAAUCUCGACAAAUCUGCGUACUGGCUCCAUGGUCAAGAAUGAUAGCAAAGUUGUCGGAAGGGAUGCAGCUAUUGCUGAAAGCCCCAGGAGUCUUUUCCGCGGAUUUCGGUCCCGCAAGAGCUCACCACUGGUGGCUCAAAGUGUUGAGGUGAACCGGGUGGUGGGGUCACACUGCACGGGACCGUACGAUAAUCUUGAACCUAAGGACACCAAGAAAUCCGGGUUGAAAAGUUGGGCUAAGUUCAUGAUUCCAGAUAGGAAGCGGAACAAGCAUGCUGCUCUCAGGGAGAUCAAAACCAAGGCCCGCAGUCGUGCCCCAAGUCCAACAGGGUCGUGGGCACGCAAUCAAGGGUAUCAUCAUGAUGAGCUUCCCAUCUUAGGAUCGAAGCCUGAAUCCAAACUCAACACCGGGUCUGUAGAGAGUUUGAUUGAUGACAAAAGUGUUGAGAAGCGAGAAGCAUUGAGGGCGAUGAACCCGGGGACGCCAGACUCUCCGAGACUGCUUGCAGAGGUACCAGCGGCAAUACCUCAUCGUCAGUUGCUGGAAAAGCAGGAGCUUAAAGAGGAGUCCGACGAGAUAAGCGUUAACGACAUUACCAUGCCUCAACACAGGCCGACAGUUGUAACCGGAAACAAUUUCGAACUAUCAGGUCACGCCCAAGAAGUGCAGGAAGUCGCCCGUUGUGAGGUCAACAAUGCAGAAGAUCAAGCAACUGAAGAAGCGAGCGUGGUGCAACGCGAAGCGUUGACCAGCAAUCCACCAGCCACAAUGCCUGGCAGUGAAGCUGAGGAGGCGGAAGAGGAGGAAGCAAUUAUCGUGGAACCUGGAUCUGCAGAACAAGAUGCUCACUCGACUGCAGCAUCGACACAGGAUCAAGGCAGGAGCCCUCUCUCACCACAGUCGAGAUUCAUUCAGAGCAUCAUCGACUCGAGCGAUGCACGGCCACAUCCUCCGCGUAAGAGCUCACUCAGGCGACUCAUCUCCAUCAAAAUGAAUGCGUCACGCAUUCCCAAGUACAGCUUGCCUUUGCCACGCAUCGAGGCAGAAAGGCCAGAGCUAGAUGAAGGAGAAAGGAAUCUGCUUUCGGGGACCAACGGUAAUGCUUAG